CGGCGGCCCCAGGAGGUGGCGGCGGGUGCGGGAGCCCGGACCGCGCGGGACUGGCCGUCGGGGCCCCGGGACGGCGGCCCCGGGGGCGCCCAUGCCAUGGAGAAGCUGGCGGCGGGGCUGGCUGGCCUGCGCUGGAGCAUGGGCGCCUUCCCGCUCGACCUCAUCGUCAGCCGCUGCCGCCUGCCGACGCUCGCUUGCCUCGGGCCAGGGGAGUAUGCUGAGGGCGUCAGUGAGCGAGACAUCCUGCUUAUUCACUCCUGCCGCCAGUGGACAACCGUGACAGCCCACACCCUGGAGGAAGGCCACUAUGUCAUCGGGCCCAAGAUCGACAUCCCCUUGCAGUACCCAGGGAAGUUCAAGCUCCUGGAGCAGGCCCGGGAUGUGCGGGAGCCAGUGAGAUACUUCAGCAGCGUGGAGGAGGUGGCCAGCGUCUUCCCUGACCGCAUCUUUGUGAUGGAAGCCAUCACCUUCAGUGUCAAGGUGGUGUCGGGCGAGUUCAGCGAGGACAGCGAGGUGUACAAUUUCACACUGCACGCGGGCGACGAGCUCACUCUCAUGGGCCAGGCGGAGAUCCUGUGCGCCAAGACCACCAAGGAGCGCUCACGCUUCACCACCCUGCUACGCAAGCUGGGCCGGGCCGGGGCGUUGGCCGGGGUGGGUGGCCCGGGAGGUGCGGGGGGAACAGGCGGGGGCGCCAGGCCUAUCAAAGGCAAGAUGCCUUGCCUCAUCUGCAUGAAUCACCGCACCAACGAGAGCCUGAGCCUGCCCUUCCAGUGCCAGGGCCGCUUCAGCACGCGCAGCCCGCUGGAGCUGCAGAUGCAGGAGGGCGAGCACACGGUGCGCGCCAUCAUCGAGCGCGUGCGGCUCCCGGUGAACGUGCUGGUGCCCAGCCGGCCGCCGCGCAACCCUUACGACCUGCACCCGGUGCGGGAGGGCCACUGCUACAAGCUGGUCAGCAUCAUCUCCAAGACCGUGGUGCUGGGGCUGGCGCUGCGUCGCGAGGGCCCGGCGCCGCUGCACUUCCUGCUGCUCACCGACACGCCGCGCUUUGCGCUACCGCAGGGCCUGCUGGCCGGGGACCCGCGCGUCGAGCGUCUGGUGCGCGACAGCGCCUCCUACUGCCGCGAGCGCUUCGACCCCGACGAGUACUCCACGGCCGUGCGCGAGGCGCCCGCGGAGCUGGCGGACGACUGCGCCAGCCCGCGCCGCGCGCGCCUCUGCCUGCCCGCGCCCCCGCGCGCCCCCGGGCCUGCCCGCGGCCCGGGCCCGCCGGGCGAAGGCGACCAGGAGUACGUAAGCCCCGACUGGGCCGGCGCGCCCGAACCCGGCGCCUCGCCCGCCGAGAUCCCCUAUGAGGAGCUCUGGGCGCACCAGGCGGCCGAGGGCCUCGCCGAGGGCCGGACCCGGCCGCUCCCGGGGCCGGACCUCAUCUCCUUCGGUGCCGCGGGGCCGCCCCUCCUGGAGACCGAGGCGCCGCCGCCUCCCGUCCCUCCCAAAUCCGAGGCGGUGAAGGAGGAGUGCCGACUGCUCAAUGCCCCACCUGUGCCUCCCCGGGGUGGCAGUGGCCGGCUCUCAGGCAGCCCCCCGGUGCCCCCACGCUUCCCCAAGCUGCAGCCUGUCCACUCACCCAGCUCCAGCCUCUCCUACUACUCCUCUGGCCUCCAGGAUGGGGCAGGUUCCCGUAGUGGCAGUGGCUCCCCGUCACCAGACGCCUACUCCCUCUAUUGCUACCCAUGCACAUGGGGAGACUGCAAAGUGGGCGAGUCCUCCAGCCGCCCACCCCCGGGACCCCUGCCCUCAACCACGCAGCCCAGCCAGGCCUCCCGCGCCCUCACAGAGCCCCUGAGCAGUAGAGCGGCCUCCCUCUUGGGGGCUGACACCCCUGUUAAGACCUACCACAGCUGCCCGCCUCUUUUCAAGCCCUCUCACCCCCAGAAACGCUUUGCUCCAUUUGGAGCUCUCAACCCCUUUUCUGGGCCUGUCUACCCCCCAGGCCCUUCAGCGGCCUGCUCUGCUGGGCCGACGACCACCUCGGGUCCCCUGGCUACCUCCAGCCCUGCUUAUUCCCCAGGCCCAGGCUCACCAGGCCAGGCCUAUUCAGCUGCUCCCACCUCCUGUCCCACUUCCUCCUCCUCUUCCUCUGAGUGGCAGGAACCAGCCUCAGAGCCCUUUGACCCCUUUGAGCUGGGGCAAGGUGGCUCUCCAGAGCCUGAGCUGCUGCGCUGUCAGGAGCCCAGAGCUGUGGGAGUACCUGGGCCUGGACCCCGCCUUUCACCUGUUGGACCCCCCAAAGCCUUUGAGCCUGAAGGUUUGGUGCUGCGGCAGGUCACUGCUCCACUGUCACCAGCGGCCCUGCAGGGGCCUGAGGCAGGUGGAGCACGACUCCUUCUCACCCAAGGACGCCUAGAAGGGCCUCCUCCUGCCAGUCCCCGGGAUGGGGCCACAGGCUGGGGAGGCCGGGAGGCCUCUUCCUGGCAGCCUCCCGCUGACCUGUCUGCGCUCUCCCUGGAGGAGGUCUCUCGCAGUCUGCGUUUCAUUGGGCUCUCGGAGGACGUGGUGAGCUUCUUUGCCCGGGAACGCAUCGAUGGCAGCAUCUUCGUGCAGCUCAGUGAGGACAUCCUGGCAGACGACUUCCGCCUCACCAAGCUGCAGGUCAAGAAGAUCAUGCAGUUCAUCAAAGGCUGGCGGCCCAAGAUCUGACCUUUCCAGCUCGUGGCUGCACCACUGGAAUGCUGGCUCAGAGGCCCUGGGACCAGCCGUGGGUCUGCAGGGGGACAGCACUCCCAGAGGCAGAAUCUAUGCUAGGACCGAGGCUUCUAGGUAGCCACCCAGAGUGAAUCCAGGGGAUACCCAUUUGGAAAUGGGGUCUUCUGGGGCGAGACCCCUGCAUGGGGACAGCUUGCCUUUGAGCGUGCACAGUAUGUAGGGAGAAGACGAGUCGCUAGUGCACACCUGGGCCUGGUGAGGCAUUUGCUGCGAUGCUCAAAAGCUGGCCUUAUGGUGACCUUUCACCUUCUUACGCCCUGCUACAGAGCUUCACAGCUGUCUCACUUCUCAAGCUUGUAGGUUCAGGGUAGAGACGAGGGAAGAAGAUGGCCCGUGAUUUAAGCACAAAUUCCCCAAGUGCCCUCUCUCCUCCGUGCUCUGUGGGCUUUUGGCCUAAGCUGCCCCAGGGUCGGUGUGCUGAUUUAGAGGCCUCUGAGAUGCCCUUCCCGUCCUUGUCUGCUCCACCCUGAGUUAGUUCCCCGGCCCUGAGCACACGUGGAUCAGGUGUAAGCCUGUGCCACUGCACUUCAAGGUGCCACCUCUGGGUUCUGGCUCACGGUUGACUUUGGAAGAGCACAGCUCUGCUGUUGACCUACUUAUCUAGUUAGGGAGGCAGGUGCUCCCCCGACAUCCAGUGCCCCGUGUUCUCCUGCAUCUCUCCCCCCAUCCUGCCAGGUUGGGUGCCGUCUGCCCAGAUGGACUCCCUGGGACAGACAGCAGGUCGAUUGAGCUGGCUGCUGCUUGAUUCUAGCGGCACGUGGCUUUCAGUCACUUCCACGUCCAUCGGUCUCCUGCCCCAUCACUUGACUCUGACAAACACCUGGUGUCCCUCCCUGGUUUCCUGUCAGUGGCACAGGGAGGACAGUGGAGAGAGAAAGCACAGUGGCUUGGGAAGACCUGCCUUUUCCCUCCUGGAGCUUAGUCCUCCUGCACUUGCUCCCGUGCCUCAGGCAGGUCUGUGCCCUGCAUCUUGUGCCUGGUGAUCUAUUGGCGCCUAGAGCAGGGUGGCCACUGUGUCCAACUGCCCGUCCCUCUGUGCUCUUCCCCGUGUCACCUCCCAGGACCGCAGUGGUUCUCAUGUUCACUAGUGUCAGGCCCCAGAGGUGCCAGCCUUUUCUUCUGCCUUACCUGGCCUACCUAGGUAUUUAUUUCCUCCGUCUUUCUGUCUUAAGAGUAGCGAAGCCAUGCUGGUGUCCCAAGCAGGCUGCCUCAGCUCUGAGGGAAGGGGACUCAGGAAGUAGAGCACAGGUACCGAUGCCGAGACAUUGGGUUUCCUUGCCAGUCAUUUAACGAAUGCUCAAGGACUAGUGAAAUAAAUGCUGGAUGGCUGAGGAACAGUGCAAGUGGAAUUUGGGGUGUCAACUGCUUUCUUCCUUUGGAGGCACAAUGGAUAUGCCUCCAGGCGGGAAAGGACUUUGGUUCCCCAGAGGCAGCUGGCAGUGCCGGCCCCCAGUCCUGAAAGCCCCUCCCCUACCAGAACCUUCCACCUCCCACUACUGUUUCAACACAAUUCAUACCUGCCAUGUGGAAAGACCAGACUUCAAAGUGCCACCAGCCAGGGCCCAGGUUGAACCUCCUGCACUGGCCCGAUGCCUGCCGUGAGGCUCUCCGAGCCCCACCUUUAGAAGCUGAUGGCCUUGGUAUAGAGGAUCGCUUCUCUACCGUCUACUGGUCAUCUGCAAACCCCAACUCAGAGAUGAGCUGGCUUUCGUCUGGCUUCCUAGCAACCGUCAGAGUUCAGUAGAGCCAGAGCUAAGCUCCUUGCCUGCCAGUCUCAGCCACAGAGCUGGACCAGGGCGGUAUUUGAAGUACUCGCGCCUAGCGCAGAGGCAGGAGCAAUUGGUUACAUCUCCAAGUUGAGAAGGCACAGUGAUAGGACUUGAAUUAUGAUUCUGCGCACACUCAGCGUGGAUUCUUCUGCCAGACCCAGUUCAAAGCCCCGAUGCUGUUACCCAGACUGGGCUCUGCUGCCAGAACACAAGUGGAGGAACUUUCCACACCAGAAGGCGGUGGGGCAAGAGUGGAGGGUCUGGCAGAACGGAUGUGGGGGUGGGCUGAUGGCGUUCCUUGUCCUGCACACGUGCUGCCUCUGGUCAUGGUGCAGGCCUCUUCCAUGCUCUGGGGCCGCCAAGACGCGCAGGGUAAUGUUACCUCCUCUGUUUAACUGCAGCCUUCCCACAAACAUCCUGAGGAGCAUGUGUGAAUGAGUCACACCAAAAAAAGAAUUGGAUAAAAGUGCAAUGAGGAGGUGCAGUUUAGGGAAAGAAGUCGGUUACGUAUAUAUAUCCUGGUCCUCCAUGCCUGUUACACGUCUGCUGCUCUCGUUAGCUGGGGCCACGUCCCCACUGUAAGCAGAAGCCCAGCCAAAGCAUUUAAAGAGUCAGGUUUCAAAGGCUUCUCUCUUAAGGUGCUGCCUAGAACUCUCUCAACACAUUCUUAGCAUGAAAGCACAG